UGCCAUUGCACCGCGCCGUAUGUGUUUGCUCUUUAUUAAGCUUUCGCCAUUGAUUGUCUCCGAAUCACUGCCGCACAAUGUCCCCCAGGAUCGUUCUCUGUUCAUUAAUUUCUUUGUUCUUUGUUCGGCGGGCUUGAGGCUCUCUUAUAUUUCACCAACUUCGAAUCGCUGCACGUAAACCAGUGGUCCUAAAAGAGCGACACAACCGCGCACGCCCAUACAAGCCUCAGACCACGAUUUUGAGUACCAUAUCUGUGGUCUAAUUACCGGCCGCUGAAUUUCGUUACACCACUCACUCACCCCCCGGAAAUCCUUCCCGUCCACUCUUGUAUAAUAAACAGCCGAGAUGCUGGCCAUCUCUCUCCUCCCGGUCCUCCUGGCCUUGCCAGACCUGGCCACGGCCGGCCCGUUCACAUUCCCAUCUCAGCCGAGGCUCAGACAUGUCACCAUGACCGCUCAAGAUGGCCAGCAACUGGUCCUCACCAUCACACAAACACAGACGGCAACUACCACAACGACCCAGACACCAACCACCAUCCUGGCACCCUCGGGGCCCAGGAGGACAGGGCGGCCGGGCGAGACCGAGCUGGAACUAAGGGACGAUAUCUUCGCCCCCACCACGUCCUCCGACUCGUCCUCCGACUCGUCAUCCGACUCAUCGCCAGACUCUGGCUCAUCAGCCUUCUCGUCGUCGUCGUCGGCAGGGGAUGCGAGUGACAACGACACCUCCGGCACAGGGGCACAAGAGGCGCCGGCGCAGGCGGGUACGGCAGCCAAAGCGCAGACUACGCCUCCGCCACCAAAGAGCGAUCCGCAGGUGGCCUCCGCUCUUGCACAGCAGGGCUAUAGCCAACAGACCUACUACACGUGCAAGACCAGAGAUGCCACGCUCACGCACUGCGGGUGGCACGUUCCGGUUGUCAAGGUCAGCAGUGCUGCCAGUGGGCAGCGCGACGGCGGAAUUGGAAGGAUAGUGGGUGCCGCGGUGGCUGCAACACUGUGUUUUGUGCUCGGGAACCUGGUUAUCUGAGCUUUGGGCUGCACGUGUGAUUCAUCCAUGCCUGGGCGAUUUGGGGCUUCAAGGUUGACCUUGUUUUGUUCGUGUUGCAAUGAGACGAUUUUGCAGAGAGUUUGAGAUAUUUUUACCUCCUGGAGAGCACUUGAG